UCCGGCGAAACCCUAGUGCCCCUCGCUCCGCAGCCAUGGAGAAGCGCGGCAGGAGGGAAGCGGAGGAGGACGAUGACGAGGAGUUCCGGCUGCCGAGGAGCCACCGGCCGGUGGAGAACCUGGACACGGAGGGGCUGGAGCAGGCGUCCGUCGACACGCAGCUCAGCUCCUCCAACGUCGGCUUCAAGCUCAUGCAGAAGAUGGGGUGGAAGGGCAAGGGGCUCGGCAAGAACGAGCAAGGUAUACUCGAGCCCAUAAAAGCUGGUAUCCGGGAUGCAAAAUUAGGAGUGGGGAAGCAAGAGCAGGAUGACUUCUUCACAUCGGAGGACAAUGUUCAGAGAAAGAGAUUAAACAUUGAACUUGAGGAGACUGAAGAGCAUGUUAAGAAACGCGAGGUCACAGCAGAACGUGAGCAGAAAAUCCGCAGUGAGGUUAAGGAGAUACAGAAGACCUUCUUUUGCAGCCUCUGUAAUAAGCAGUACAAGCUGGCAUAUGAAUUUGAGAGUCAUCUUAGCUCAUAUGACCAUAAUCAUCGGAAGAGAUUUAAGGAAAUGAAAGAAAUGCAGAACAGCAGCAACAGCAACCGUGAUGACAGGCAGAAACGUGAGCAACAGCGAGAAGAGAAGGAAAUGGCCAAAUUUGCCCAGCUGGCAGAUGCUCAUAGAAAGCAGCAGCAACUGAAGCAAGAACAGCCAGAGAUCUCGGGAGAGAAAGCCACGUCAAAGCCUGCCGCUGGCAAUCAGGAUCAGCGUCAAACGUUGAAGUUUGGCUUCUCCAAAAUGGCCCCUUCGAAGGCUCCUGUUGGCAACGUCAGCAAGAAACAGAAGAUCGCCACGAAAGUUCCUUCAGUCUUCGGAAAUGACAGCGACGAUGAAGCAUAAUCUUUAUUUGCCCUCCCAUGAUGACACACACACAAGGGGAAAUGUAUGCUUUGUAGAUUCCUGUAAGCUAUCCCUGAGAACAUUCAGUGUAUGUAAUGUCUUGCCCAUGCCGCUGGUUUGACCAGACAUGGAUAGCGGCAUCUUCGACAAUCCCAUCAACCGACAGAAACUUCAGACGUGUAUCA